AUGGAGGAUCAAGAGCAGACGAGUUUCACGUUCGAGAUAGAUAACUUCUUGGAGAAGGAAUCUGUGAUAUCAUCACCAAACUUCUUAAGCGGUGGCUGCGAAUGGGUUGUUGAGGUUUAUCCCAAAGGAAUGGACAGCUAUAUCGAUGAUCACUUGUCUCUGGCCCUCGUUGUUGCGAAUCCUGAGACAUUGCGACUUGGAUGGAAAAGAAGAGCUAAUUUUUCACUCGUUCUGCUCAAUCAAUCAGGCAAAGUUCUCUACAGAUUCAACAAAUUAUUCUGCGCUCAUUUUACAAGACAAGGUAACUCAAAGACCUUGCCUCUUAAAAAGCUUCAAGAAAAAGGUUUUCUGGAGAAUAACAAGUUGAUAGUUAAAGUCGAAGUAAAAGUAGUUGAAGUUGUUGAUGAAAGUGAUGUAACUGGGAAUGAGAUGUUAGAUGUCGAUGGUUUCCAAGUUCUUUACACUCAGGCUAUUUCAGUGAAUUCGCUAUUCACGCAGUACCCAGACAUUGCAGAAAAUUUCAGACCAAAGAGCCAACUGGUGAAAACAGCAUACAUGAAUCUCCUCCUCGGUCUCAUCGAGACACUGGACAAGCCUCCACAUAGCAUCUCUGAUACUGAGCUAAGCAACGCUCACAGCGAGUUGAUCGAGCUAACAGAAGCAGGCUUCAAGCUAGACUGGUUGAAGAAAAAGCUUAAUGGGGUUUACUUGGAGAGGAAGAAAGAAAACGUUGAUGUGUCUCCAGACCAAGAAUUCAAGGAAGAGAUCAAUAAUGCCAAAUCCAUUGCUAAAGACUUGCUUGAGGUUGUUGUUCACUCUUGGAAUGAGUGGAAAGUAAGACUGGGAUUUGCUCAUCCUCAUAGUUAUGAAAAAGUAGACUAA